AUGUCGUCGACAAGCAGACCAUCUACCAUGCGCGCAGUCAUCUUUAAGGGUGUUGGGGAAGUGAUGGUCGAACAACGCCCCAGUCCAGUCAUACGUGACCCCAAGGAUUGUAUCCUGAGAGUGACGUCUGCGGCUCUUUGCGGCAGCGACCUCCACUUCUAUCGGGGGCAUAUGAGAAUUCCCACCGAUUUUAUAAUUGGCCACGAAUUUGUCGGCGUGGUGGAUGAAGUAGGUCCCGACGUGAAGAAUUUCCAUGUAGGGGAUCUGGUCGUGGUGCCAUUUUUCACAGCCUGCGGUAAAUGCUUCUAUUGCCAGCGAAAACAAUCGAGCCGCUGUACUGAAGGCAAAUUAUUUGGCAAUAGCCAAAGUUCAAAUAGUAUUGCUGGGGGGCAGGCAGACUAUGUCCUUGUCCCAAAUGCUGACACGACGAUGGUUCUGGCUCCCACCACAAUUUCAGAAGACCUGCUAGUACUCAUGGCAGACAUCUUCCCGACUGGUUAUUUCGCUGCUGCCCGGUUUUUGAGGAACUUGCCAUCUGAGCAGCGCAAAGAAGUUAUUGUUUCAGUCAUAGGAUGCGGCCCUGUGGGUCUAUGCGCUAUCGCCUCUGCACUCACAAUGUGCAAUACAGUCUAUGCCAUUGAUACAGUACCCGAUCGAUUGAACGAAGCGAGCCAGCUAGGUGCUAUUCCAUUGCAACUGGAUUCAAACCCCGCAGAUACUAUUAGGAAGGCGACCGGAGGACGAGGAGCAGACGUUGUUCUAGAGAUUGUCGGCAAUGCCGGCGCUCUCGAGCUAGCAAUUGACAUUGCCCGGCCGUUCGCGUCCAUUAGCUCAGUGGGAGUUCAUUCUUCAACGUUACAACUGCAUGGGCCACAGCUGUAUGGGAAGAAUCUGACUCUGGCGUUUGGUAGAUGCCCGGUCCGAAGCAUCUUUGAAGAGGCUUUGGAUGUUCUAGUCCAAGUUGGUGAUAAAUUGCAUUUCUUGUGUGGUACUAAGAUGAAGCUCGAAGAUGCUCAAAAGGCAUAUGACCUGUUCGAAGCGAGGAAGGUUCAUAAAGUUAUCUUCAAACUCGACUGAUAUCUCUGCGCUUUGAUCGAUUGUGUCAAUGAUGGAU